AUGUCUGCCUACACGAUGCUGGCCGAGCAGUCGCCCUUAGAUGCCUCGGCAUUCACCACUGCCGAUACCACCACAUCCUUCGACACCAACCCGACCUUCCCUGAAGAUAUCUUGGGCUUGGGUUUCAAUGCCGACGACGAGCCCGUGUGGAAUAUGGGCCCGCUAUCAGAAUCCUUCUCUGGCUGGAAUCCCAAAAUCGACAAUACAUUUUCGAACGUUAACCUCGACCGAGAUAUCAAAUACACCCAGGUCCGAAACGGCCAACCAACUCCUCCACUCGACGACAGCAAGCUCUCUCCACAGACCACUUUCAUGACCACCUUCAGCAGAAACGCCUGGGACGACACGCCGACGCCACCAAGCAGUGAAGACCGCAUGGUCAAUGCCUCGAUGAUGGGCUAUGCCGAUGCCUCCGUAGGGUCCAGCCGUCGCAAGCUGCGUGGAUCCAAGCAUUCGAUCGCAACCGUAAGCAGCACAGGUGACUCUGACGACGAUGGCCAGGAUCGCUCGAAACGAGAAAAGUUCCUCGAACGCAACAGGCUCGCUGCGAGCAAGUGCCGACAGAAGAAGAAAGAACACACCAUGCAGCUCGAAAAGCGCUUCAGAGAUCAGUCUAAAAAGCGCGAACGACUCAACUCCGAGAUCUCGCAGCUCCGCUCCGAGAUUCUGGAGCUUAAGAACGAAGUCUUGCGGCAUGCGCAGUGUGGUGAUGAGCCGAUCAAGCUCCAUCUCGCGCAGAUGGUCAAGCAGAUUGCGCACAAGGACCGGCGCGAGCCUACCGACGGCAGCGACAGUCUACCGGAAGCACUGCCAUCGCCGUCUGUUAGGGCAUCAGUGUCGUUCGGAUUCGACGAGCCGAUGCCACUAGAUGGAGCUGCGAGUUUGGAACAGCAGAUUCGACGUGAUUCAGAGGCGUCUAUUGCUAUGUCGGUCGACGAUGAUUUCAAUAACUUGAUCAACGUCAACUGA